GUCGCGCCCUCUGGUGAACUCUAAGCAGACGGUGCUGGUGGUGGGGGGGGGUCCAGUGGCUGAAGGUGAAUCACCUGAGGACCGUCAGAGAGGUGCUGGACAGAGAGUCUCUCAGUGACGCCCUGGUGGUGGUCAAAUCUUUGGGGAUGGGGUUCCACCUACCUGUGGACGGGAUCCGGUCCCUCAGUCUGAAAGAGAUCCAGGACCUGUACAGGCAGAACCAGGAUAUCAUCACUGCAGCAAAGCAUCAUGGGUACGAGGCGAUCGACACCUUCAGCAUCACCAUGGGUCGCUUCAGAGACUUCCUGCAGGGCCGCUGCGCCUGCCACUUCCACCAGGUGGAGAAGUCCUCCAGGCCUUCAGACCCCAUCACAGCCUCCAGAACCACACCUGAGCUCCAAUCAGACGCGCAACAUCCAGAGAAGGAGGCGUGGCCUAGAGCCUCGACCUAUCACGUGAGAGGACCAGUGAACCAGGUGUACUCUGAGAUCCUGCUGAGCCGCCUGUGCCCCCGAAACACAUGAGAGAGAGAGAGACAGGAAGUGGUUCUGAUCCACACAACUACUUCCUGUUCGUUCUUAUGCACACUAGCUGCCUCUGAAGGACACUAUCUGCUUCUGAAGGACACUAGUUAGUCUGUGUAAUAUCUAGUCUAUGAUGUGUACUAGUUGGUCUAUGAUGUGUACUAGUUGGUCUAUGAUGUGUACUAGUUAGUCUAUGAUGUGUACUAGUUAGUCUAUGAUGUGUACUAGUUGGUCUAUGAUGUGUACUAGUUGGACUAUGAUGUGUACUAGUUGGGCUAUGAUGUGUACUAGUUGGGCUAUGAUGUGUACUAGUUAGUCUGUGUAAUAUCUAGUCUAUGAUGUGUACUAGUUGGUCUAUGAUGUGUACUAGUUGGACUAUGAUGUGUACUAGUUAGUCUAUGAUGUGUACUAGUUGGGCUAUGAUGUGUACUAGUUGGUCUAUGAUGUGUACUAGUUGGACUAUGAUGUGUACUAGUUGGACUAUGAUGUGUACUAGUUGGUCUAUGAUGUGUACUAGUUAGUCUAUGAUGUGUACUAGUUGCACUAUGAUGUGUACUAGUUGGUCUAUGAUGUGUACUAGUUGGACUAUGAUGUGUACUAGUUGGACUAUGAUGUGUACUAGUUGGGCUAUGAUGUGUACUAGUUGGUCUAUGAUGUGUACUAGUUAGUGUACAUGAACUAGUUUCUAAUGCCUAAAUCUGGCUGCUUCACUUCAGGUAUUUUCUGAGUCUACUGACAAGGGUCUGAUACGUACAAACUGCUGCUGGUAUCUUUUGUCAUGUGACUAGAUAUCUCUGCAUACUAACUAGUGACUGAUGCAUACUUACUAGUAGCUUAUGUGUAGUAACAACCUAGUAGCUUAAGUACUACUAGUUGUGGUGCCUACUAACUAGUUCCUGAUGCGUACUAGCUAGAUUCCUAUGAUUACUUGUUAGUGUCUGAUCCAGGAAGUUUAUUUUAAAUGCCUCAGUUAUUAUCUUUAUGUAUAUAUGAGAUGAUGAUGACGAUGAUGAUAAGUGACGACGACGAUGAUGAUGAUGAGGAAACGUCUUAAUGUUUGUAUGUUUUAUAUUUUUCUACAGAUGUUUAUUGUGCCUUUCUGAUCGUGUUUACAUGUAAACAGAAUAUAUAUAUUUAUAUAAAUGUUAUCAUUAUCUUCUGCUCUAUGAAAUGUUUACAGGAACUUUUGAUCAAUCACACGAAUAUCCAAACACGAAGUCAGUUUUAAUGUUUUCUAUCUUUUAUACAUUUUAAAAUAUCUUUAUAGUAAAGUUAUAUGAACUAUAAAAGUCACAUUUUAAA